AUGAUUAUACAAUUACUUGCAAUAUCGACUCUUUCAUUAUCUAUUAACCUUCCUCAAUCAUUAAUUUUACUUAUACAACAAAUUCAUCCAACCUUGAGUAAUUUUGGUAUUGAAGCUGAACCAUAUUUUUUCUAUCUUACUGACUAUAUUAUUUUAUUUUUACCAUUUGUUUGUCUUGGACAUUUGCCAGAAUUAUGGCCAAAAGUAUUCUUUUUAUGUCAAAGACGUCAACGUAGAGUCCGUCCUAUCAGGACAAUAGCUGCUGGUGGUGGAGCAUAA